AUGGGCGACCACGCCUCACUAGAAAUGUCGGCAGCAUACGACUUUCUCCUCAAGUUCAUCAUCAUCGGCGAGGCGGGUACAGGCAAGUCGUGUUUACUCCACCAUUUCAUCCACAACCAGUUUAAGGACCAGUCAGCACAUACCAUCGGCGUCGAGUUCUCCAGUCGGCUCAUCAAAAUCGGCAACAAGGGCGUCAAGCUUCAGCUUUGGGAUACAGCAGGUCAGGAACGCUUUCGCUCCGUGACGAGGAGCUACUACCGCGGUGCUGCAGGUGCGCUGCUUGUUUAUGAUAUCACAAAACGCUCGACAUUCGAACCACUCUCUCGGUGGCUCACAGAUGCACGUGCGCUAGCGUCACCGGACCUCGUCGUCGUGUUGGUCGGAAACAAGACGGACCGCGGCGAAGACGAACGUGAGGUCGGCUAUUUGGAAGCCAGCAAGUGGGCCAAUGAGAAUGGCGUUCUGUUCCUCGAGACGUCUUCCAUGACGGGCGAGAAUGUCGAAGCCCCGUUUGCGCUCGCAGCGAGGAGCAUCUUGUUGGCGAUCGAGUCGGGUAAGUUGGAUCCCGAGAAGGCCGGAUCUGGCGUCUCGUACGGAGACCGAGCAUUGAGGAGGGUCGGCAGCGGAAGUAGGUUCAGCUUUGCAGAUAUGGAUCCCAGCACCAUUCGACCCAACAGGCGGGGCGGCGCAGCGGUCAAGAUCAAGGAGGUCUUUGGUGACAGGCUGGGUGGCUGCUGUUAA